UCGUCAGCCAGUGCAGUGCAAGAAAAGACACGUAAAAAUCUUGCUGAAAAAAAAAUCACGAUUCGAUUCAAAAUAUCACCAAUAAAAUACCCGCAUAUCGUGCCGUGGUCAUCGUCGUCGUGAAUACGUGCGUGUUUCGUUUGACCGUGCAGUGCAUCGUCUAUUUUUGUCGCCCGUUUCGCAGCGAAUGAUUGGCUGAUGUUUAUUUUGUACUGUUUUUAGUCAUCACAUCCGCGCUUUCGACGAGGAGCAGGAAUCGAUGUGGCAUUCUCCUUCCGCUGUUAGUGCGCCGUAGUUUCGGAUCGUUGUGUUCGGAAUCGGGAGUUUUUUGUUGUUGUAUCGUGAUUAGUUUUGGUUUGUUCCGUUCCGAUACCAGUUGUAGUGCCGGAAGUGGCCGGUGAUGAGCGGAGCUGGAGGGAAAUGAACGAUAACAGUUCGUCCCUGGAACAGUCAGAAGCACAAACACCAUUGGAAGAAGUGGAAUCAACGCGAGUGGAUCCGGAAGCUAUCAGUCCGGAAGAAGCCGUUUCGUAUUUUCAGUUUAUUUACAACCAAUCGGUUAUUUACUUACGCGAAGCCCUGGAUCACAUCGUGCUGCUGGUUUUUGUCUACACCUUGCUAUGCCUGGUUUUAUACAAGCUGCUCUUCCAUCGGUUUGGCCGAUGGUUGAAAGUGGUCCGGAAAAGUCGCCUUCCGGCCAAUUCCAACCGAGCGCUUCUGGUGACCGCCCAUCCCGAUGACGAAUCGAUGUUCUUUGGGCCCACAAUCUUGGAGCUGCGCCGUCGGAACUGUCGGGUCUUUGUCCUAUGCCUGUCGGAUGGCAACUUCAACCAGCAGGGCGAUGUCCGCCGCCAGGAGCUGUGGGAUGCCUGUGAAUCGCUGGGGAUCAAGCCGGAAGACAUCACCCUGCUGAAUGCGACUCACCUGAGGGACGAUCCGGCGCUGGAGUGGAAAACGGUUACCAUUGCCAAUCAGAUUCUGAAACAUCUGGAAGCGCUGGAUGCGGAUCUGUUGAUCACCUUCGACAAGGCCGGCGUCAGCGGGCAUCCUAACCAUUGUGCCAUCUAUCAUGCGACGGCGUCGCUCUGCCUGGCCGGGCUGGUUCCGAACAAAUGCAGAGUUCUUACGCUGGAAUCGGUGAAUCUGUGCCGGAAGUACAUUUCUAUUCUGGAUUUACCCAUCACGCUGCUGCUGUCGACAAAUUGGUCUGUUCUCAGCUGGCAGUCGCGGCUGGCCGUUCAGAAUGCCAUGCGCCUCCACCGUUCGCAGAUGGUUUGGUUCCGGAAGUUAUACAUCAAGUUUUCCCGCUACAUGGUCAUCAACUCGCUGCGGGAAAUCAACCAAUCCGAUGUGGAGUUUGAGAUUUUGGAUUCCUAAGUUAGGACCACACAUACAGUUACACAACGAAAAAGGUUAUCAUCAUCAGUACUGUUAGAAGGCAACGUCGUCGCCGUCGUCGUCGUGUCUAAUAAGUAGGUCCCGAGAAGAAGGUAGGUGAGAAUGUUUCUUCUUACAUUUUCGACUUUCGAUUUUUAAUGGAGGCGAGAGGUGCGCAAGAUAACUGCAUACAUUUUCUACCAAAAUCGAAGCUUUAUGGCCGAACAAGUGCAAAGUUCUCUAUCACACUGUUAUGGUGGGGGUUGUCUGCUAGUGCAGAUUGGACCCUCAGAACUGCAUACUUAGUACAUACACAGUUAGAAUCGUACCACUAUUAUGAGAUGGAGGAAGAUAACAAACGCGAGAUGCUUCAUUGCUAGUCCCUUUUUGAUAGUAAAUCACGAACCAGGUGAAACACGCGCGAAGAAGAGCAUAGUAAUUUUAUCACACCUAACGUAGACGUGCUAGAGAUAUGUAUUUAUUGCAACUAAAACUCACUAUUUAAGUACAUCGAUUGCUUGGGCGAGGGGGUCUGCUUGAGCCGAGCCCAAGAUUUAGUCACACUUUUGAGAAGGAGGCAAUAUUUUUUUCUAUACCAAAUAUGAAGGAGUAUAGAGCGAACGAUCCCAUAAGUAUUUUUGUAUAUAUAUCUAACUGCAGCGAACGAUACACCAUAUGUUAACAUUUGUCAUUCUUUGAAAUAAACUUUCAUCAUUGAAAAUGA